AUGUAAAAUAAAUCUUUGGAGUGCAUUAUAAAUGGACUAGAAAGAGAGGCAUAUUAAAAGAAAUGCAAAGUUAAAGAACUUGAAAAGUAUUCAUUUUGAGAAUUUUAGGGUUGUAAGCUAAUUGAACAGAACAAUAUAAUAAUAAAACUUUAAAAUUAAUGAAUUGGAGAAAAAAAAUAUUGACUUAGAAAUUAAAUAUUUUGAGAUUUUAGAAUAAAAAAAAUAAAUUGAGCAAUAUAACACUAUGCUGGAUUAGCAAAUAAAAAAUUUAUAAUAGUAAAUUUUGCAUAAAGUGUAAAGCACAGAUGUACAUAUUUUAUUAAAUAGGGAAGUAGUAGAUAGAUUUGGAAUAUGAUUUAAAAGAGAAAAAGAAUUAGAUCUUUUUAUUGGAAAAGGAGAAUCAAAUAUUGAGAAAUGAAUAAGAUCAUUUAAAGUUAGAGCGGUAAAAACUAGAAGAGGAAUUAAGAACAAGAAGUUUAAAUUAAAUAAUUUAUAUUAAUAAUAAUGCAUUAACUGAAGUGUUAUAGAAUUAUAACCAAUAUUUUGAGAGUUAUAAUGAAGAGAAACAAAAAUUAAUAAAUUAAAUACAAUAAUAUAAAGUUUAAGAAGAGAAGACAAGUAAAUAAGAAUUUAUUAUAUUAGAAAUUGAAAAUUAAAAAAGAAUUGAUAGAUUCUAAGUGAUUAUACGAAAUGGAGAAGAGAAAAAAAAGAAUCUUGAAGAAAAGAUUUUGAACUUAGAGAAUAAAAUAGAAAUUUAUGAGAAGAGUUUGGAAGAUUAAAAGAUGUUGUUAAAUCAAUAAGAAUAAUUGAGAUUGGAAUUUGAAUAAAAUGCAUAAGUAAAAUAAUAUUAAAAUGAAUGUUUAUUGAAAGAACAAAAUGAAUAGAUAACAAAAUUGCAAUAAAAAAUAAAUUCUUCAAAUUCUAUUGUAUUUGAUAUAGUAAAUAUGAUAAUACCUACUGAUAUGGAAGAUUUAGUAGAAAUAAAAUAGUAAUUAUUGAAGAAGGAAGAGGAGUUGAAAGUUUUGAGGGAAUUAAAAAAAAAGGAAAGUUAAGAAAAGAGGAAACUUCAAGAAUUAGUGGAAAAAGAAUUACCAUUUGUAAAACAAAGGAAAUAAGAAUUUGAUUAAUUGAUGACUAUUUCUCAAUAAUAGAAAAAAAGGUUAGAAAUAGAAAUAAAUUUAAACAGAAAAUUAAAGGAGACUUAAAAUUAAUUAGAAAUAGAAUUAUAAUAAUUAAAAUAAAAAGAUGAAAUUCACACAGUUGAAAUUAUAAAAUUGAGAUCAGAAAAUCUUGAAUGCAGAACAUAAGUAGCUUAAGCUUAAAAUGUAGAUGUAUAAGUAUACAUAAGUCAGUUAUGUUAAGAGAAUUAACAAUUAAAGAACUAAAUUGAAUAGAUUUAAAUAAAUUAUCAAACUUACAAUAGACCAUUAAAUUAAUGGGAAACAUUAGAAAAGGAGAAUUAGAAUUUAUAAUAUAUAUUAAAGAUAAAAGAGGAAGAGAUAUUAAAUAUGAGAGAGUAGGUUAGUAUAAUGAGUUAAGAGAAACAAUUAGGAUAGAUUAUAAAAAAUAAUAUAGAACCAAUUGUUCAUAAAAUUGAAAGUAAUAUUAUUAUAAAAUUAUAAUUAGAGAUCAAGGUAAGAAGUGAAAAAAAGUAGAGUUUAUUAAAUGAAUUUAGAAAUAAAAGGAAGGAAAAUUAGAAAUUACAAUUUAAAAUAGAAGAAUUAGAUUUUGAGAUAUCUAAAUUACAAAGUUAAUAUUAAUUGGAAAGAUAAUAGAAAGAAUUCUUAGAAAAGAGAUUAAAUGAAUAAAAGGAUGAUUUUGGAAGGAAGAAAGAAUAAUUUAGAAAGAGAUAUGAAGAGUUUGAAUUUAAAAUAAAAGAAUUGUAAUCAGAAAUGAAUUUAAGUUCUAUAACUUAGGAACAUAUUAAUUAUUAUUAAUAAAACUAAGUUUUGUAUUAAUAAACUAUAAAGGAUAAGAAAUUAAUAAAUGAGUAACAUAUUGAAAUGAAAAGAUAUGGUGAAGAGAUUUAAAGACUAAGAGAAGAAUUAUUAUCAAAAGAAAGAUAAAUAAAAGAGUUGAAAGGUGGAGAUUAAAUAGGAGAGGAGAAUUAAUAAAUAUUAGAAAUGAAAAUAGAAAGAGAUAAUGAUAAAAUAAUAAUAGAUGGUUUAAAAUAGGAGAUAAAUAAAUAAAUAAAAGAGAAGGAAGAAUUAUAUAAUAAUUUUUUGAUUCAGAAAAAAUAAAAUGAAUAACUUUAACAGGACUAAAAUAAUUAAUAACCAAAUUAAGAAUGGAAGAAAAGUAUUGAAUUAAUGUAAUAGAGAAUAAUUGAAUCAAAGAAGGAAUCUGAGAAGAGAUUUGAAGAAUUAAAGAUAGAAUAUUAAAAUAAGAUUGGAGAGAAGAGAAAUGAAAUUUAAAAAAUGGAAUAAGAGAUUAAGGAACUUAGAUAAGGACUUGAUGAUUAUAAAAGAAUUUAUUAAUAGGAGAAAUUAAAUUAAAUUGAUAAAUCAGGAUUGAGUUAAAAUGAGAUAUAAGAUUUAAAAGAUAAAUUAGAUUAAACUAUGAGAGAAAGAGAUUAAUUAUUAAGAAGGAAAUAGAUGAUGGAAAAAAGAGAAGAAUUUUUGAGGAUAAAGGAAGAGUAAUUAAAUUCAAGAGAAUUAGAAAUAAAUAAGGAUAAGAAUAAAUUUGAAUAAGAGAAAGUCAAAGAAAUCUAAGAAAAAACAAUACUUAAGAAUAUAGAAUUAUCAAUAAUAGGAUAUGAACAUGUUUUAUAAAGAGAACUUGAUGAAUAUAAAUAGAAAUUUGAAAAGGAAUAGAAUAAAGUAAAGUAAUUAGAGUAACAGUAACAAUUAAUUAAAAUUUAAGAUGAUUAUAUAAAUAAAAAGAAAUAAUAAAAUAAUGUAAGAUAAUAAGAAUAUAGUGUUGAAGGAAUGAUAGUAGAUAAAGAAAUGUUAGAAGAAGAAGACCCUAUUUUAUAAGAAGUUAGAUAAAUUUUUUAAUAAUGUUUGCAGGAAAAAGUGAAACCCGAAGAAUUAAAAUAAGCUUUUGAAAUAGUAUUAAAUGGUAAAUUGCUUGCUUAUUUAGAAAAAGCGAAGUAGAUUCAUUAAGGCCUAAUAAAUAGUAGAGAAGAAAUUUGA